CCUUAUCUCGUGCUCCAUUAUGCACUGAAUCCGAUAAAGACAUUUUACUUGAAGACGCAGACAUUUAUGUAAACUCUAUUAUUAAAGAGGUAUCAGUGGAUUUCAUUCCCGAAGAAAAGAUCAAGAAGGAACAACAGUUUGACGAAGGACUACAAUGUGUAAAAGAAUAUAUCAAAAGUGGAUGGCCUAAGAAGAAUAAAGUAAACGACUCAGCAAAAGAAUACAUAAAAUUUGCAAACGAUUUAAAAAUAGUCGAUGCUACACUCACAUACCGAGACCGUAUAGUAAUACCCAGAGAAGCGAGAAGAUGGUGUCUCAAUCUAAUCCACGAAGGACAUCAAGGAAUUAAUAGAUGUAUAGCUAGAGCAAAGGACUCAGUGUGGUGGCCAGGCAUACGAAGAAACAUAAUUAGUACUGUCGAAAACUGUGAGAACCGAUGAUUAUAACACAAAUACCAGGAAAACCAUGGGAAAUAAUUGGUGCAGAUUUAGCAACCUAUCGAAACAGUACUUAUCUUGUGGUACAAGAUUAUUAUUCUAAAUAUCCCGAGAUUCGUAAACUAGGCAGAAUUACAUGUCAAGAAGUUAUUGAACACUUUCAGGACAUUAUGUCACAUCAUGGUAUACCUAUUGAGAUGAGAACCGAUAAUGGUAGACAGUUUGACAGCUAUGAAUUUAGAAAAUUUGCGAAGAGAUAUGGGUUUAAAUGGACAAGUAGCAGUCCUGAAUACCAACAAGCUAAUGGUCAGGCCGAAAGCGCAGUCAAACUAAUAAAAAAAAUACUUAAGACGAACGAUGACAUGUACAAAGCAUUAUUAAUAUACCGCAACACACCGUUAAAAUGUGGAGCAUCUCCAGCUCAACUUUUGUAUGGUAGAUCAUUGCGCGACCCACUCCCAAGAAUCGAGGCUAAAUUAAAACCUAAGCUACCAAAUCAUGCCAUCAUUAGACAAAAACUAAAAACAGAAAAGGAAGAACAAAAGAGAAAUUAUGACAAACGUCAUCGAGUUCGAGAAAAUACAAACCUCGAACCAGGUGAUCGAGUAUGGAUAAUAAAUAAGAAGCGGGAUGGCAUAAUAAAAGAAAUAGCCGACGAACCAAGAUCAUAUAUUGUACAAACGGAAAAAGAGGAUUUAAGAAGAAAUAGAAGACAUCUCCAAAAACUACCACAAAUCAGUGAACAGACCCCGGAUGGUCCGAGAGAAGAUCAAUAUUUCGAAGAAGCCGAAACCAGGACAGAGAUAGAUGAACCACGGAGACGCGGACGCGAAAGACGAGUUCCAUUAAAGUUAAAAGACUUUGUUAAAUAAAUUAUAGUAUGCUUUAGAAAGGGGCCGUGGUAGGCAACUAAAUAUACAAUAUGUAUAGUUAUAAGACAAGUUGUAACUUGUAAAGAUGAGCAAUAAAGAAGUGAUAUUCAAGGGAAUAACACGUAUAACACAA